CCGCCGUCACGUGCCGGCCCGCCCCGGUCGCGUUGAUGGGUGGGGGCGACUCUGCCAGGCGCCGGGGCAGGAAGGGAGGCGGCCGCCGUGCCAUUCUUAAAGGGGCCCGAGGGAAGGCGAGGAGCCGCUGACGGCCGGAAGGAAAAUGAGUGAGUCUUUGGUGGUUUGUGAUGUCGCUGAAGAUUUAGUGGAAAAGCUGAGAAAGUUUCGUUUUCGCAAAGAAACGAAUAAUGCUGCCAUUAUAAUGAAAAUUGAUAAGGAUAAACGCCUGGUGGUACUGGAUGAAGAGCUUGAGGGCAUUUCACCGGAUGAACUUAAAGAUGAACUGCCUGAACGACAACCUCGAACCUUCAUUGUGUAUAGUUAUAAAUACCAACAUGAUGAUGGAAGAGUUUCAUAUCCUCUGUGCUUUAUUUUCUCCAGUCCUGUUGGGUGUAAGCCGGAACAACAGAUGAUGUAUGCUGGGAGUAAGAAUAAGCUAGUCCAAACAGCUGAACUAACCAAGGUAUUUGAAAUAAGAAAUACCGAAGACCUGACUGAAGAAUGGUUACGUGAGAAACUUGGAUUUUUCCACUAAUGUGAACUUCUGUGUUUCUAAAGUAUUUAUGUAUUAACCUGACCAUACUGGAACCAGACAUAAAUACUUAUGCCUAAAAAUGCACUGUUACUUACAGUUUGUUUCCUGCAGUAAAGAAAAAUUCUUCAUUUGUUCAAAUUUUGAACAAAGGGAAAUCAUCUUCAUAGUAAUGAAACUUUGUAAAGUGUUUCCUUAUAUUUGUAAUUGUUAGGUGGACUACUUCUCUCCAGGGACUUUUUGCACUCUUGUGACUAAUUUCUAUAACUUACGGUUCAGAAUUUGUUACUAUUUACAGACACUAUUGGAAAGUGGGUAUUAGAUUGUGAUAGACAACAGUUGCCUCCUUUUGACAAAUACUGGAUAUUAGCAGUUUAUAUAUGAAAAUAGCAUAUUAUCACUUGUCAAAUCUUUAAAAUUAAUUUGGGGUAAAAGACUUGAAUGACCCAGUUUAGAGCCAUGAAAAAUAAUUUAGUGUAAGCUGCAUUACAAGUAUACUUGUCAUCAAUUCCAUACCUUCUUUGGUUUCCUGUAUCUUUUUAAUCAAGUCCAGAAACUUUGUUCAUCAGUCAUUCAUUCUUAAGGUCUGGGAAUUAGAUUUUAUAGUAGUUAUGGCUAUUAUGUUUUCUCCUUACAGAAAGUAGCAUCUUAGUCUUGGAAAUUGAUAAGCUGGAACUAAUCAAGGGCUUCAUUCCUGGUUGUGUCAUAGCUAGAUAGUUUUGGAUCUAGGUUAAUAACACUUUAUUUAUAAAUCACCUCUUAAUGUUGUCCUGUGAACACAAGUUAUUUUAAAUGUGUUAAUACUGUGCCUUUGAUUUGUUAGCUUUAAGGUUAGUUUAAGACUUUUACACUGCCAGUAUUCCAGAUUUGGUGAAAUUAAUACUUUUGUAAAGGGUCCAAGUAAAACAAUUUUCUAAUGUGUGUAUCUGAAAUUUGUAAUAAAAUCAACUUCAUAUUUUUAAAAAUUCCAACUAUCUGCUUGCACUGGUGAAUAUAUGGCAGUUGAGAGUUAUAAUUUGGGGUGUAUUUAUGAUGAUUACCUUUGUGCCAUAGGAAAAAUUACUUAUCUUAAAACCUUGGCCAGAGUUAAUAACGUUAACAUAUUAAUAGAAAUUGCAUCUUAUAUCCUAAAUGUCAGGAGAUAUUCCGAACUGGAUAUCUGUCUUGUUGGCAUCCUUGGCAUAAAGCAAGGAUUCUAAUUUAUAGUGUACUUUAAGAACACCAUAUAAGUAACUAUUUAACAUUAAUUUGACAAAAGGUCUUGAUACUGUAAAGACUAACCAAAUUUGGUGAGCAAAUUCUUAUAUUAAGAGUAUCUUAGUCAUUUCAAAACUAGAAAGGCAUUAUUUUAUGUUGGCGUAUUUUUCAUUUAUAUAUUCUUUGCAUUUUUUUGAGGUUUCUGUGCCAACACUAAUAAAGAGGUAAAGAUAGUUGGAAUUUUCACGAUAUUAAAUCUUCUGUUGCCAACACUGUUUGGCUUCGCUAAUUUAAAAAACAGGAAGCAAUAGGAAGUUAGUUGGAGAUGAGGAAGUGCUAGAGUGGGCAUUUGUUUUGGUUAAUGAAUGGGAAGGAUUCUUUAUUCCAAUUUCCAGAGAGAGAGAUAGAGAGAACUUCACCCAGGAAGUUUACGAAUUCUUUAAACAGCUAUUUUGAUAUUGGAGAAUAAUGCUUAUAAUUCUAUGGAAAUGCAAAUAUAACCCAAGUGAACGCGGAGUGUUUUUAAUGUUUUUAAAUGAAGGAAAUGCGAUUUCAUGUCACCAUGUUUGCAGCAAUAAGAGAAACUAGUGCUGCAAGAAUGUAUUUUUUAAUGAGGUUCCUUAUUUUGUCUUGCAUGUUUUAGUUGUUUUGUUUCGUUUUUAAAUUUGAAAGUCCUUCAUAUUGUCAGAUGACACUGACUUCCAUAAACAGAACUUAGUUCCCCUGUUGUCUAACAGGGACAAAGAGCUGUGAUAAAUCAUGCUUUUUUGAGCUUGUUUGACUCCUUAUCAAUAACAUGUAUUUUGCAAGACAAUAGAUUACGAUUGGGGAAUCAGGAGAACAUGUUUUGACUCCCUCUGUCCUAUUGGGAGACUUACAAAUCCUAUGCUGUAGAGUGUUCUCAGACUUUUAUAUAAAUUUCCCUUCCAGUAAUCAAAUUUUGCACUGUUCUUUUCAAGUAUAAGUUCAGUUUGCUCUCUUUUUCUGCCUUCUCUGAAAUAGUAACUCCAGAUUGGAUAAUUCCAGUUUUUACAUUCCAUAGCUUUCUGGUGCAGCCAUUCCCAUUCAUAUCUUAAUCUUUCCCUUUUGACAUCAGCUUUUUUCCUGGGAACCUCCUUCAUGGUCUUCUAAGUCAGCAUUUGUUUUGAAAUUGUUGGCCUUGGAUACGUUCUGCAUAGCAUCUAAUGUUGUCACAAUAGAGCCGACUAGUAAUCCUAGCAUGUUUUUAGUAUGGUUUUUGUGGCAACAUAAAUGACAUAUGAAGAAAACUGUUCUCAGGUUACUAUGCUGAAAUCCCAAAAUGUCAGAGUUUUGAAUAGUCUUCACUUUGUUCUGGUAUUGAAGCAGUCAUGUUAGUAGAAAGGUUGUUAGAUUGUUUUUGUUUAAUUGACUUCUAAAAGAAAUGUUCAACUUGUCUAUUUCUAAAAAGUUUACCAUAUUCCUAGUGCAGUUAAACAUACUCUUGUUUAAGAGGGUGUUGCUAAAUUUUUUAUUAUCAUUACUAAAUCAUCUUUGUAGCAAAAUGUCUGUCAGCCCUUUUCUCUCCCCUUUUAUCUCCUAUUUUCAGGAGUCAAAGGUAGCCAUAAACUGUAUCCUGGUCUGACACUUUAACUAAAAAUUUCCAUUUAGAGGAGUUUAUUGCCAAAUUAAAUUUGGCUGUCUUUAUUACCCACCUAUAUAGAUAGUAAGGAAGGUAUACUUUAAAAAAUGUUUGGACUACUUUAAAACCUGAGCAAUGUCAUUAAUCCAUAACGUGGACUAGUGAUGAAUAGAUAUUUUCAUAAGAGUUUAAAUGCUGAUAUUUGGUGGAAGUAGAGAGUAACUUGUAUUCUAUCAAUUCAAAUAUUCUUAGUAUGGUUGCUUUCCCUAUUUGUUCAAUAUACUGAUAAUACUGGAAUCUAUAGAAUUUGAGCCUUUACAACUUAUGUGAAGAAGUGUCUCAAACAUUUCUGGACAAAUCUUACUUUGUAUUUCUGGAAGAAUGUAAAUAUUCUUAGGCCACUUAACACCACUGGUCUCAAGUUGAAUAUUCUUGAGGAAUUUGUUUCUUGUUGUGCCAUUUGACAUUUCAAAUCAGUGACCAUGUUCCUGUAAUAUUCAAAACAACUGUGUUAAGGUUGUGAUAGAAACUGUGUUUUCUUGCUUUUUGGAAUAUAAUUCAUACACAUAUAUUACUUGAAUGUUGUUUGAGAUCACUAACUUGCCAGGGCAGUUCCCGCUUAUCUGGAUGGUCCAAUAGAAUCUCAUUCAGGAGGCUUGAAACAGUAAUGGUUUAGUCUUGUGAAUUUUAACAGUUCCCUGUCCUCGUUUAACAAACUCAACAACUGGCCCAACUUCUUAAGCUGUGAUUUCAGGCUCUGCUAGUUCAUACUCUGCAUGUUUACUUUGGACAGUCUUCUGUUAAGCAUGGUGCUUGUACUGGUUUAAAUAAAAUGUUAACAUGAAAGGA